ACAAGAUUCGCCUGUUUCCAUCUGGGCGCGAGGGGAGUUCGCCGUGCUGGGUUGGACCCAGCACGAGUGACUGACAUGGAAUUUGUUUGGCGCUUGGCCAAGCGCCAGCGCGGAGCCAACACUGCACGCACUUACCCCAAUACAAUGGCAACUUCCAGAGCUGCACGGCGGGUGCCUUGUGCGCUGCGGCCUGCACGUGAAAGCGAGCGCCCUGGGCCAGACUGGUGCGCGUUUGGAAAGCACUAGACGAGACAGGAGGCGGCCGUCAGAUGGCGCCCAGGCCAGCCUGCCUACACCUGAGCUAUCCAUUUUGAGCCGGCAACGCUUCCAAUUCACCCCACCCUUCCCUGCCCAUGCUGCCCGGCAAAGGAAGCAUCCGCAACUCUCUUGAUUCCCGUCCUCGUCCAUCGCCGCUCGACAGCGAGCCAGCGAGAUGGGGCCCAACAGCAACGUCGCGACCGUCACGGUCGAGCGGCGCUAUUUUGACACUCUGGUCCGCCGCGCCCAGCUUCACGUUUCGGAUGUCCCCGUCUCGCACUCGCUGCCCAACGAUGCUAUCACCGUCUCCAGGGCCGACCAUGAGGCUCUGGCCCGGACUGCCCGGCAGUAUGCCAAUUUACGCCAGAACCUAGUGCGCGGCGGUCUUGAGGAGGCUACGAUCGAGCUCCUUAGCCAGGACGAUGCCACCAUCCAAGACGAUGCAUCUUCGAGAGUGCUACCGGCGCAACGUGAGGAAAACAAGGCCCCUGUGCAGCCCAGGAUCACUCCCGGCCAUGGGCCUGCUGCGAACCCCGCCGUGAUGAACCACAGACCACAUACCCAGCCUGGGAGCGGCAGAUAUGGGACCCCUCUUGGUUUCAUGGUAGGCACCCACCAGGACCAGGACUGGUCCGAGGCCGACGGCGCGCACGAGGAGCUAUCGCUACCCGGUGACGUACUCACGGAUCAGACAAACGGCAUGUCCACCGGCGAGUUUCCGCCGGGCGCCGGGCGCCCCACGUACGAACGGCAAUGCAGCCGAACCAUCCAGAUGUCGAACCUUCCAGAUGGCGCGACACACGCUGACAUCACUGCUGUUGUGCGUGGCGGCAUGCUGCUCGACAUCUUUAUGCGCCCGCACGACCGCUCUGCCACCGUCUCGUUCCUACACGCUCAGGACGCGCGGGCCUUCUUGGAACACUGCAGGAGAAACGACCUUUACGUCAGGAACAAGCGUGUCGAGGUGCGGUGGAACGACCGCCAGUUUAUUCUUGCUGGUCACGUUGCGAGCAAGAUCGGCUCGGGGGCGACGCGGAACCUCGUCAUACGCCGCUGCGACUCCCGCAUCACCGAACAGGCACUCCGCGAGGACCUUGACCACAUCCACAAUCUGGUUGUGGUCAAGGUUGCCUUUAUCGGGAGUACUUGCUACAUUAGCACGAACUCGGUGCACAAUGCCAUGUUUGCCAGGACUUGCAUGAUGAGCCGAUUCAAAUUCAAGGGUUCCAAGAUUGAUUGGGACGUUGAUGAAUGUGCCCAGCCGUUGGAUAGAGCGCGGCCGCCCAAGCCUCGGAAGGAGACGCCCCCGGCCAAGAAGCCGGCGAGUGCUAUUACAAACCGCUUCCAUCUUUUGAAUAUGGACGACGACGAAGACGACGAUGCCGCACCAAGCUUUGCUCAGGCCAAGGAGGCUGUUGGUAUCAUUGCAUAACUAGUUAUCGGUCAUAGACGGAAUAAGGCAGAAAGAUACCACGCCGAGGCAUGGGUCCGGCCGUUUCAGAUAGCUCUUUUUCUCCCCUGCUUCACUCUAAUGUUUGUCCGUGUAUUUUUCUCAUGCUCUGUGGACCUUUCCACGUGCCACCAUUGGUAUUGGAGGCGGGAAUGCAGCAGGGUUUGUCGAGAUAUCGCUUAUGGACGGCGUCAGGAGGGCAAAGACACCCACGUCACCUGAUGUUUUAUUCAUUUCAUACGCAUGCGGUUCUUUAAGGGGUAGCUUGCCAUGUCAACCCCAAAAUCGCCAAGCAUAUCGAUU